GAAAACCUGAUUGAGAUAAGUAGUUUCUCACUUACGACUUACUUUCCAGUUCACCUCAACCGACAGCGCAAGUUCAUCAGUUUCUGACUUCUGGAGGCUAGUUAGCCGAUGCUGCUCUCAUCAGUUACGCUCGAUUCUUAGGGCAGUUGAGACCGUUACGAUUCUAUUCUAGAGGAAGAGAGACAAUUUGUGUAAACAAUAGCUGGAAACAUGACCGGGUUAAGCGUGGAGAAAUGUCCGGACCGGUACGAUGAGUACAGUUUUACCCUACCGGAUCUAUACCAGAAGUUGGCCCGCGAAGAUCUCGAAGAGACCGAUCAAAUUCGGGAGCAAAGUUUGACCCAGUUCCGGGAAUGGAUCGCCAAAAAUCCGUUCAUUCGCCGAUGUCGAACGGAUUCUUUGUUUUUGUUACGCUUUCUGAGGAUGAGAAAGUUCUCGCUUCCAAGGGCUCAGGAAACGCUGGAGCGUUACUUGGCCAUGAGACAAACUUUCCCGCAGUGGUUCCAGAAGCUCGAUCCCCUUGACCCCGUUACGGAGCAAGUGCUCAGUGAUCAUCAGUUCCAGAACUUAGGUCAAGAUUCCCGCGGCCGAACUGUCCUAAUGAUGAAGCUCAAGACCUUCAAUGUGGAGAAAUUCAAUUCCAUCCAGCAGUGUCGUGAUUUACAGCUCUGUAUCGAAACUCUGGCCGAUGAGGAACGUACUCAGAUCGGAGGUUACGUUGCGAUCCUGGACUAUGCGGACGUUACGAUGCGGCACAUUGCCGCCUGGUCCCUGACGGAUGUGAAGAAUAUCAUGAACUGUGUUAACCAUUCGUUGCCGGUGCGGAUCCGGGAGAUUCAUGCCGUCGGGCUGCCCAAGAUUGCGGUGGCCAUCUCGGAGCUGGCCAAGGCUUGCUUGAGUCAGAAGUUGAGAGAUCGAAUUUAUUGCCACAAAUCGAUGGAGGACGCCAAAAAGCACCUGGAGGUUAAGAUGUUGACGACCGAUUACGAGGGUGGGACCCAAGACCCGAAGGAGCUCAAGCGGGCCUACCUGGAGCAGGUGCGAGCCAAACGAGAAGAAUUGUUGCUGCUGGAUCAGAUGGAGAUCGACGCGGAACGGUACAAAUCCCUGUGGCAUCUGACGACGGACGAUAGCAUCGAGUCGGGUGUGGCCGGCAGCUUCCGGAAGUUGAAUGUCGAUUAGCCCAAGCACCUGGGGUUUUUGGAUUUUUUGGUUUUAUUGUGUUGAAUUUACUCGUGAUUAAGUAUUUGAAAGAUACAUCUCUUCUCUGUUUAGUGUGGGUAUCGUAUCGUUAGAGGUUUAAUUGCUAGGCUUAGGUAAUUUUAAGGCAAAAGUUUUACAUUCCGAUAAAAAUCUGUGUCGCUCGUAUUAUUUGUUUGUCAAUAAAGUUAAAGUGUAUUUUAAUUUAA